GCGGAAGUUAGCGCGACUGGACGCACGCUGCGCGGGCGCCAUCGCGCACGUGCGGCACUCGCUGUGGCCGCACCAGCGCGAGCGCCAGGCCGAGCAGCGCGCCAGGGAACGGCGCGAAAAAGAAGAACGCUCCCGUCGCGCCCGUGAACGCCAGCAGCAAAUGAUGAAGGAGUUCCAACGUCGCCAGCAGCAGUUCCUCAGCGCCAUGCAGCGGAUGGACCCCGAGCCCAUGGACCUGGACGCCGACUCCGACUACGACUGCGUCAUCUGCAACACCAGCUCCGUCUCCACGCCGCAGCACCCCAUCGGCAGGGUGGUGCUGCUGCAGUCCACCUCCGUGCUGGGCCACCGCCGCCGGCAGGACAGUGGAGGCGCGCGCUUAGCACUGUCGGAGCGCGAGCGCGCGCGACUAGCGGAGCAACGCGACACCACCGCCGCGGCACACCACUACCGGCUGCACGACGAACUGCAACAACACUUCGACCAGGAAGGUACGACUAAUCCCGAUAAUACUUAGCACUGUCGGAGCGCG